AUGGACAGCCAAGAAAAGAUUAACCCCGUGGCUGAGAAGCCUCCCGAGUAUCAGAUCCUCUAUCCACAUGGAUGGAGGCUGUGUUUCACCACAAUUGGGCUGGUAAUCAGCCUUUACUUAGUCAACCUGGAGGUCACGAUCGUGAGCACUUCGCUUUUAUCCAUCACGGGGGACCUGAAUGGUUUCAGCAAAACAAGCUGGAUCAUUACUGGAUUCCUAAUUACAUACACUGGCUUCAUGUCCAUCUGGACAAGAAUUAGCGAUAUCAUUGGUAGAAAGAAAACCUUGAUCGCUGCCAACCUGAUCUUCUUGGCGUUUUCAUUGGGAUGUGGGUUAUCCCGGUCGGUAAACACACUCAUCGUAUGUCGAGCGUUUCAGGGCAUUGGUGGUGCUGGGGUUUACCCGGUUACUAUCUUGUGCACCUAUGAGCUCGUCCCCAAGCGCAGGCUGCCCAUUUGGGGCGGCAUGGUCUCAUUAGCUGUUGCAUGUGCCUCUUUGACGGGUCCUCUCAUAGGAGGCGUGCUUGCAGAAAGGUCAACCUGGCGAUGGGUCUUUUAUGUGAGCCUUCCUCCCGGGGCAGUGGCUGUGAUGUUGUUUCUCAUCGCGAUGCCUGCAGCCCUUGGCUCACGGCCCCCGAAAUCAAUCGCCCAUUUGAGGCCAACAAUGACACUUUUCCGCGAGCUUGAUGUCAUGGGGGCUGUGUUGCUCCUCAGCGGCUCUUUAUUACUCAUUACGGUAUUAAAUGAAACUAACCUGGAGUUUGAGUGGGCUUCUAGAACUGCGAUCGCACUACUCGUUGUGUCCGGCCUAUCGUGGAUGGCCUUCUUUGCCUGGGAAUGGCUGAUCGACGGCCGCCCUGGUUUUCAACCAAUCUUUCCAAAGCGAUUCAUUUUCAACAGAGCCUGGGUGGGGAUUCUCAUAACUACCUUUGUCAGUGGCUGUCCGUGGAACGUGGUAGUUGUCUAUGUGUCACAGCGCUUCCAGAUCCUAGAAAGACUCUCACCCCUAGGCGCUGGCAUCCGGCUAAUUCCAUAUACCGCCAUUGCUACUCUGUCCACCAGCAUCGCCAAUAUUGCCUGUCUUCGUGGGCGGAUACCCUUCGUCUAUUUAAUCUUCGCCGGUUCCAUCCUACAUACUGUGGGGAUGGUUCUCCUCUCUACGCUACCUCAGUCCGACUCCUUCCCCAGUGCAGGCUACGGAUAUGAAGUAAUCGCAGGUGUUGGUAUUGGAAUCAGCAUCGGGAUUUGCAUUUUAGCAGUUCCUUACGUUGUCGAAACGAGGGACCUCGCAACAGCAACAGGUUCCCUAAAUCAAUGCCGGUUCCUUGGAGGGGCAAUCGGACUCGCAAUUGCAUCCAAUAUCCAGUAUGCGAACUUGAAGAGUGAGCUCGCGGAGACACUUUCUCCGGAACAGUUGCAGCAGCUGUUCCAUAACACCAGUAUGGUGAAGACCUUACCUACGCAACUUCAGGUUAUAGUACAGCAGGUCUUUUCCAAGAGCUAUACACAUCAAUUCCAGGCGAUGAUUAUCUUUGCGGCAGUGCAGAUCCCGGCAUCUUUGCUGAUAUUUAGACGUGGUGGACAGUACAUGGCGAAGGAGGAGGGAAGCACAGAUUGUGGCGGAUCGGAAACGACUAGAAACGAUGUUUGA